CAUAGAAGAAAUCAAAGAGAAAAUGAAGACUGUGAAACACAAAAUCUUGGUGUUGUCUGGGAAAGGUGGUGUUGGGAAAAGCACAUUCAGCGCCCACCUUGCCCAUGGCCUAGCAGAGGAUGAAAACACACAGGUUGCUCUCCUGGACAUUGAUAUAUGUGGGCCGUCCAUCCCCAAGAUAAUGGGACUGGAAGGAGAACAGGUUCACCAGAGUGGCUCAGGCUGGUCUCCAGUGUACGUGGAAGACAACCUGGGCGUUAUGUCGGUAGGCUUCCUGCUCAGCAGUCCUGAUGACGCUGUUAUCUGGAGGGGACCCAAGAAAAACGGCAUGAUCAAGCAGUUCCUCCGCGACGUGGACUGGGGAGAGGUGGACUACCUCAUCGUGGACACGCCGCCUGGGACGUCAGACGAACACCUCUCGGUUGUGCAGUACCUGACUGCGGCACGCAUCGAUGGGGCAGUGUUAAUCACCACUCCUCAGGAGGUGUCACUCCAGGAUGUGCGGAAAGAAAUCAACUUCUGCUACAAAGUGAAGCUGCCCAUCAUUGGGGUGGUGGAGAACAUGAGCGGCUUCAUCUGUCCCAACUGCAAGAAAGAAUCUCAGAUAUUCCCUCCCACUACUGGCGGUGCAGCAGCCAUGUGCCAGGACAUGAAUGUGCCUCUCCUUGGCAGGGUUCCUCUGGAUCCACACAUAGGUGGGCACAGCUGCCCUCAGCACAUGGCAGGGCUGCCCAGGGCUGGACAAGCUGCCAGCGCUCUGUGGCUCUCAUCUUGUUUUCCAGGAAUCCAAGAAUUUUGUAAUCUCCAUCAGUCAAAGGAAGAGAAUCUCAUGAGUUCCUGAGACAAGACAAUGCUGAGGGACCCCAGCAGUCUCUGAGCUGAGGAGCUCUCCAGGCAGCAGCACACCAGUCAGGCCUGACCAGCGCGGGACAGGUAGGGGUCACACAGGCAGGAAGAGACCAGAUGCUU